AUGGUGAGCACCAAGCAGCCCCGGGCAGGCAAGGGGGGCGCGGACGCAGAGAACAGCAACCCUGAAAAGGAGGAGAGCUGCCAGGCCAAGAGGUCUCCAUCCUCACCCCAGGGCGGGCCCAAGAAGAGGUCAGCGUUUGGGGACAUCACCAACGCUCACAAGAACCAGGUGGUGGCAGGGAAGAAGGAGGCUGUGAAAGUAGCACCACAGAGGGCACAGAGGGCCAGUGCUGCCCUGAUGGUGGCCAAGAACAAUGAGAUCAACCUGAAAAAGUCAACGAAGAAAACUCCCCCAACAGAGGCUCCUGCAGAGCAGAAGAAAGAUCCUGUGCCAGAGGAGCCGCUGCCUGCGCAGGUACGGAAGCUCUCCGAGGGGAGACAGAUACCGGGGGUGGAGGACAUCGACAAGGAGAUGCUGGGUGACCCCAAUGCCAAUGCCGAGUACGCCAGGGAGAUCUUUGAGUACAUGCGGGAAAGAGAGGAGAGAUUCAUCCUCCCUGACUACAUGGAGAAGCAGCCAGACAUCAGCGGGGACAUGCGCGCCAUCCUGGUGGACUGGAUGGUGGAGGUGCAGGAGAACUUUGAGCUGAGCCACGAGACGCUGUACCUGGCUGUGAAGCUGGUGGACCACUACCUGGUGGAGGUGGUGAGCAUGAGGGACAAGCUGCAGCUCAUUGGCUCCACGGCCGUCCUCAUCGCCUCCAAAUUUGAGGAGCGGUUCCCACCAUGCGUGGAUGACUUCCUCUACAUCUGUGACGACGCCUACAAGCGGGAAGAGCUCAUUGCCAUGGAGAUCAGCAUCCUCAGCACCCUCAAGUUCGACAUCAACAUCCCCAUUGCCUACCGCUUCCUGCGGCGCUUUGCCAAGUGCGCCCGUGCCAGCAUGGAGACGCUGACGCUGGCCCGCUUCCUCUGUGAGAUGACCCUGCAGGAGUACGACUACGCCCGCGAGAGCCCCUCCAAGCUGGCUGCCAGCUGCCUGCUGCUGGCGCUCACCAUGAAGAACCUCGGGGGCUGGAGCCCCACGCUGGAGCACUACAGCGGGUACUGCGGCCAGGACCUGCAUCCCCUGGUGAAGAAGCUGAAUUUCCUGCUCACGUACCAGCCCCACGACAAGCUGAAGGCCGUGCGCACCAAGUACUCGCACAAGGUCUUCUUCGAGGUUGCCAAAGUCACCCCCAUGGACAUGAUGAAGCUGGAGGAGAAACUGAAGAGCUGCUAG